AUGGCUUCAACAUCCGCAGAAACCCCCGCCGAGAAUGCGGCCACCCAGACCCCGACUGCCAUCGUCGUCGUCGGCAUGGCCGGCUCAGGCAAGACGACCUUUAUGCGACGCAUCAACUCAUACCUGCACGGCAAGCAAGAUCCUCCCUACGUUAUCAACCUGGAUCCCGCGGUGCUCAACGUCCCUUUCGAAAGCAACAUUGACAUCCGCGACUCGGUGAACUAUGAGGAGGUCAUGAAGCAGUACAACCUGGGACCGAACGGUGGUAUCCUGACGUCCCUAAACCUCUUCGCGACAAAGGUCGAUCAAAUCGUCAACCUGCUCGACAAGCGUGCUGCGCCAGACCCUGCAAACCCCGACAAGAAGCCCAUCAAGAACAUCCUUGUCGAUACGCCCGGACAAAUUGAGGUUUUCGUUUGGUCCGCCAGUGGAACCAUUCUUCUCGAGUCUCUCGCGUCCUCUUUCCCGACCGUCAUCGCCUACGUUAUCGAUACCCCUCGAACCACCUCCACGAGCACAUUCAUGUCCAACAUGCUGUACGCUUGCAGUAUUCUCUACAAGACUAAGCUCCCCAUGAUCUUGGUCUUCAACAAGACCGACGUGCAAGACGCAACGUUUGCCAAGGAGUGGAUGACGGAUUUCGAGGCGUUCCAGCAAGCUCUCCAGCAAGACGAGAUGAGCGACGUCAUUGGCGGCUACGAAACGUCUGAGGGUGGCAGCGGCGGCUCCGGCUACAUGGGCAGUCUCCUCAACUCCAUGAGUCUCAUGCUCGAGGAGUUCUACUCCCACCUCAGCUUUGUCCCCGUCAGCUCCCGCCUCGGAACGGGCAUGGACGAGUUCUUCGCUGCAGUGGAGGAGAAGGCCGAGGAAUUCAAGCAGGACUACCUCCCCGAGCUGAAGCGCAGGCGCGAGGAGCGUGAAGAAAAGAAGCGUCUGGCCCGCGAUCACGAGGUGGAGAAGAUGAUGAAGGGCAUGUCGGUGGACGCAGGCAAGAAGCCAAUGGUUGUCAAGCCCGUCGACGACGAUGAUGAUGGCGUUGAUGUCGCCAGCGAUGUGGACGACGACGACAUGCCGGAUGACGAGGAUGACCGCGAGGGCCUUCAGGCCCGGUACGAGGCGGCCAUGGAGGCUGAGGGCGACUCCAUCAUGGCUGAUGGCAGUUUUGCAAAGUACCUGCACACGCGACCGACAUGA